AGAAGAGCUCAAGGAAAGAGAUAUCGAACCGAGAGACUUGGGGAAGCACAUUUUAAAUAUAAGGGCAAUUACAGAGCGUAAAGAGAACAGAGGUUUCUCAGACACACAAAGGCAACUGACUUUUUUAAAAAAUCAAAGCGCGCGUUUUUGAACUGUCCAAUGAGGUUCUGGUUUUCAAGUUUCAACCAAACAAAUAUUUGAAACUGUCCAAUGAGGAGCGUCGAAUUUGUAGCACAAGCCAAUCAAAUGCAAGAGCUGAUGUAAGCAGCAGCCAAUCAAACGCAAGAGCUAGUGUAUAAAUUUUGCCGCCGUACAAGCCUUCUCAUUCCUUUUUGUGUUGUUAGAAAGAUGGCUAGGACAAAGCAAACCGCUCGCAAGUCCACCGGCGGGAAGGCGCCCCGCAAGCAGCUGGCCACGAAAGCGGCUCGCAAGAGCGCUCCUGCCACCGGCGGAGUGAAGAAGCCCCAUCGCUACCGCCCGGGCACGGUUGCCUUGCGAGAAAUCCGCCGCUACCAGAAGUCGACGGAGCUGCUGAUCCGCAAGCUGCCUUUCCAGCGCCUGGUGCGUGAGAUCGCCCAAGACUUCAAGACCGACUUGCGCUUCCAGAGCUCGGCCGUGAUGGCGUUGCAGGAGGCCAGCGAGGCUUACCUGGUGGGGCUGUUCGAGGACACCAACCUGUGCGCCAUCCACGCCAAGAGGGUGACCAUCAUGCCGAAGGACAUCCAGCUGGCGCGGCGGAUCCGUGGCGAGAGGGCUUAGCUCUGGCCUGCUUCUACUCA